AUGGCUGUAAGUAUAGCUGCUCAGCUCGCUCACCCUUCUGUCCGGCACUUCUCCGGCUAUCGGCCGCGCCCCCGUAGCCGCACGGCUCGCGCGGUUGCCAUGAGCUACCUCAUAUCCGGUGUGGUAAUCCCUUUCAUCCCGCCUGCGCUUGAAACCCUGCGGCAGAAGAACUCGGAAUUCCCAGACAGCAAAAAGCCUCACCCCCCUCUCUGCUUUCACGCACGCUAG